CAAUAGAUGACAAAAAAAAUAUAUUGCAAAUUGAAUCUGUAAAUCAAGAUACAACUGCUAUUGAUACUCAACUGUUGGUUGCUAAAACACCUCCCAUUGAAAUUCAGGAUGAUGUGGGCUUAGUAGAGAACAAAAAAGUAGUACCCUACAACGGUCAACAUGAAAUACAAAUGCAAAUAGUAAACAGAAUAGAUAAAGCUAAUAUAAAUGAAAGAUUUGUACCUAAUCUACUAUCUAAAACAUUAAAAUGGACCAAGUUUUGAAUUUGCAAGAAGUCCACACUUUGCAAGAAAAAUUUGCUAUUGUUGGAGGCCAAGAGGAUUUCUUAGAGGAAAUGAAUGCAUGUUUUGUUAAACCAGACAUAAAAACAUUAACACAGAUGUUGCCAUUGCUAGAAGAAACAGUUGAAGCUGAAAACAAAUUGCUGGAAACAAUGAAAAAGCUAGAAAUUAAUGCUGAUAUAGAUUUUUAUAAUAUGCUGAUUAAGAAGAGAUGUUUGAGAUCUGACUAUGAAGCAGCUUUUGAUGUAAAAGAAAUUAUUAAAAAGGAAGCCAAAUACCGGGAAAGCCGCUACCGUCUUAACAAAAAAAAGAGAUUGCAUGUAAAUAUCAUGACAUAUGGUGUAUUAGCCAUGGCUUGUAAAACUAGAUCAAAAGCAGAAGCUCUUAUAAAUGAAAUGAGAGAAGAACAGAUAAAAAUCAACAUCCAAAUUCUUGGCACAUUGUUACGACAAGGCACUGCACAUGUAGAUAUUGAUUAUGUUUUGUACAUAAUGGAUGUGGUGAGAGAAGAAAAAAUACCUUUGAACAACAUAUUUCUUAAACAUUUAGAGGGUUUUAAUGAGAAAUGUGCUAACAUUAUUAAAAAGCAAACAUUUCAGAAAAAUUCGAAAUCCGGUGGUUUUGAGAAGGCUUAUAAAAAGUAUUCAAAAGCAUAUACGAAAUGGCUGAAGGAAAUGGAUGUCGAAAAGGCUUUGGAACCGGAACAUCCUUGGCAGCAAUUUCGAGAAGAAAGUGUUGAAACUGUGCAAAGGCAGAAUAUUAAAAUAGUGGAGCCUAAAAAAUUUUAUAAAAGGAAUCGAAAAUAUGUGCCUUACGCGCCAAAGUUAUAAAUAAAAAAA